GAUCAAUGGAAAGAGCCUAAGACGUCAGCUCGGUCAUGUGAUCAGCUGUGUCCAAUCACAGCUGAUCGCAUGGGACAUGUGCACUGAUCAUCAGGGCACUGAUGAUCAGUGUGCCCUGAUGAUCAGUGUAGCCCCAGCAGUGCCACUUUUCAGUGCCACAUCAAUGCCACCUGCCAGUGCCCAUCAGUGCCACAUAUUAGUGCCUACUAGUGCACAUCAAUGCAACAUAUCAGUGCCCAUCUGAGCUGCAUUUCAGUGUCGCCUAUCAUUGCCAGUCAGUGCCACCUAUCAGUGCUGCCAAUUAGUGCCGCCUAUCAGUGCUGCCAAUUAGUGCCGCCUAUCAGUGC